CUCAUUGAAGGAGCUGACAGACAGAACUCAAGUUCAAGGUGUCAGAUCAGCUGCACGUGAACACCAAAAAACCGGAAACAGACGCAAACAAACACCCCCAAAACACACCACGUGCACCUCCACCUGCACCCGCACCUUCUCCUGGACUGCCUCCUGUACGGACCCCCGACCGUCCAGCGUUGGCUUCCUCCGAGCAGCAGCCGGAGCAGAGAGCUUCUUCUCGGCUUCCAGCUGCGGACUCGAACCCGCAGCCCCAGCCCGGUGCGCAGGAGCCCCAGGGCCGCCUCCUCCCCGCAUCCGCGGCCGCUCCAGAGCCCUCUUCCCCCGGACAGAUGGCAGCCACCAAAGCCGAGCUGCUGCUGUCCGCGCUGCAGAUCUCUGACCCUCUGGCCGGGCUUCCCCCGCUGCCGUCCCCGUUGGACGGAUACCCGAAGCUGGAGGAGCUGCAGAUGCUGCUGCAGAACGCAGCGGCCGGAGGCUCCCUGCUGGCCGCGUCCGCUGCAGAGGGAGCCGGGCUGUUCAGCGGAGACACCGCAGAGUACGAAGAUUCUCUGUCGGAGCUGUCGUCCUCCUGUGACUUCCUCCCUCCUCGUCUUCCUCCUUUGGCCUACAGCGGCCGAUUCACCUUUGAGCCUUCAUCGUCGUCGUCAUCAUCGACAUCGUCUUCCUCCUGUGUGUCCACCGGUGGCCUGUGGGCGGAGCCUCUACUCAGCCUGUUCACUGGGUUGGUCAGUGUGGCUCCACCUUCUGCAUCCUCAUCCUCAGUACCAUCAUCUUCAUCAUCACUGACUCCACCCAGCUUUAGCUCCGCCCACCUCAGCUGUGACUCUGUUGAUGUUAGCUCUGUCUUCUCUACACCGCCGACCUCUGACCUCUUGCUCCCUUCCGACCCUCAGACGACCCCACAGAUCUUCCCAUCGUCGCAAGGUCCUCCGCCUGCCUACCCAGGCCCCACCCUCAGCUCCACCACCAGCUCCAGGUUACCGGUGCUUCCAGACUACCUGCUGUCAGUGCCUCAGGAAGGUGAGCUCAGCCUGAGUUCAGACCACAAACCUCUGCAGCCACCACUGACACCACUUUCCACCAUCAAAGCCUUCUCUACACAGAUGCAGACGCCACCAAGUUCUGCUCCCUCAGGCCCCAUCAACCCAUCAGGGCUGUCAAAGUGCAGCCGCCUCCGCAAAAAUGUCUCCGGUCGCUUAUGCAAAACGCCGCCACAUGAACGUCCAUACGCAUGUCCUGCUGAUGGCUGUGACCGCCGCUUCUCCCGCUCAGAUGAGCUGACUCGCCAUGUGAGGGUGCACACAGGCCAAAAGCCAUUCCAGUGUCGGAUCUGCAUGCGUAGCUUCAGCCGCAGUGACCACCUGACCACGCACAUCCGUACGCACACAGGAGAGAAGCCAUUCGCCUGCAACGAGUGUGGACGCAAGUUUGCUCGCAGUGAUGAGCGGAAGAGGCACAGCAAGAUCCACCUGAGGCAGCGGGACAGGAAGCCUGACAGAAGCCCCGCCCUUUUAAGUUCUGACUCUUGCCCUGCCCCCUGUUUCUCCUCACCGUCCUCGCUGCUCCACACCUCAUCACCAUCACCCCAAAUUCACUCCCCCUCCACAUCACCAAUGGACAGUCCUUCAGCAACACCACCCACAGGCUCCGCCCACACCUCCAGCAUGUGCUGAUCCUGACCUUUAUCCUCCAUGGGACCCACCCACAACGUGGAUGUAUUAGAGAUGUUCUUUUUAUCUUGUGGAGAUAAGAGACAUCAGGGGAUGUUCACCUACAAACAGUUGGAUUUUGCUCAGUUUUGUAUCUUCUGACUGUACGGUGCAAAAAUGAACACAGUUUGCACUCUGUGAUCCCAUUGGUCUCAGUGUAAUGUGUGGGUGGGGCCAGUGAGUAACAUGGAGAUCACCCGGAAGCCUAUACCUUUUUUUGGCACUAGUGACUAAACUUUAUGUCAGAGAAGGGCUGCGAACAGCUCUAAUGAAACCUUUGUACAUUCACAGACCAAAAAACGUCACAUUAGUGUGAAUCACAUGGUGGAGACGAGGUCAAAGGUCAGUUUAAUGAGACUGUCUACAAAAGAUGAACAAACAUUUCAAAACAUUUCAGGUUUUUCUUGAGUCAUCGUAGCUUUGAACUGACUUUAAUCAGUAAAUGUACAGAAAUUGGUGUACAUGUUAUUUUUGUGACAUUGACGUUCAUGUGUAAUAGACUGUAUGUACAUAUGAUGGGGUUUUAGAGCCACCUUUGGGACAAACACAUCUGUGAGCAGGAGAUGCUGAGAAAAACAUUAUGGUGGUAAAUUUAUGAGGAAAUAUUGUUUUUAGUCAAACAGCAAUAGAAAGUCAUCCCACAACGCCUUAUCUCCACCUCCUGCUCAGAAUAAAAAUGUUCCUUAAAGUGGAUCUAAUACAAACAUCCAUUAACACUUUUUUCCUACUAAGUAGGAUGUUUAUUUGUUCACAUGCAGGUCAGUGUUUGAUUUUAUACUCAACAUGUUUUUCUUUAAUAAAGUAAAGAACAUAAAAAGUUCAAA